AGGAGCUUCAGGAUCAUUGUCCACCGAGGACUCACUCUCUGAACCAGACUCUCACAACUUUCCCCGGCCUGUCCUCGGCCCGCACGUUUGGCUGCGGACCGACACGAACCCGCCACCGAACCGGACGGAGCCGCGGAGCGUCGUGACGCACGGAGGCGCGCACAGCGGGGGCGCACGGAGCCGAGUCCGCGCUCCGGGACCCGAGGAGCCCCGAGUUGGACUUGUGUGUGCGGGAGUGCGCGCUGCAGCUGUGACCCAUGAAACAAAGAGUAAAUGUUCCACUGAGUCCGCGCACGUCAGGGACCGAAGCCCCCGGAGCCGCUUCCCUUUACUUUGCUUGGAAUCGCACCAUCAACCCAUGAGCGGGGUCGAGCGGACGCGCGGUCUCCUCACAGUAAACCCCCGGGGAUUAAACUAACCAUGGAUAACUUCUUCAGGGAGGGUGACCGGGUGUGGUUGCGGGAGGAUGAGCAGUACCAGCCCAGCACCGUGUCCUCUUGCUCCGGAGGGGUGGUUGCCUUUGCCACAGACUACGGCCAGGUGUACACCUACAAGCAGAAUGCGCUCUCCAGGCAGAAGGUGCAGCCCAUGCACCACAGCAGCGUCACAGGGGUGGAGGACAUGGCGACGCUGCAGGACCUCCAUGACGGUGCCAUCAUGCACAACCUCCUCCUGCGCUACCAGCAGAGACACAUCUACACGUACAUCGGCUCCAUCCUGGCGGCGGUGAACCCUUACCAGACGCUUCCCGGGCUGUACGACCGGCCGGCGGUGGAGCUCUACAGCCGACACCACCUUGGGGAAAUCUCCCCGCACAUCUUCGCUGUUGCCAACGAGUGCUACCGCUCACUGUGGAAGAGGCUUCAGAACCAGUGUGUCCUGAUCAGUGGAGAAAGCGGAGCGGGGAAAACAGAAAGCACCAAGCUAAUCCUGAAGUUCCUGUCGGCGAUGAGCCAGCACUCCCUGGAGGCGUCGUCCAGAGACAGGACGUCCCGCGUGGAGGAGGCGCUGCUGGAGAGCAGUCCCAUCAUGGAGGCCUUUGGAAACGCCACGACCGUCCACAACAACAACUCCAGCCGCUUUGGGAAGUUUGUCCAGCUGCAUUUCAGCCAGAAGGGCAACAUCCAGGGCGGCAGGAUCGUCGACUACCUCUUAGAAAAGAACCGUGUGGUCCGGCAGAACCCAGGGGAGAGAAACUACCACAUUUUCUAUGCUCUGUUAGCAGGAACCAACAGCCAGCAGAGAGAAGCGUUCGCGUUGACCCACACCGACAGCUACCACUACCUGCGGCAGUCGAGCUGCGUCACCGACAAGACAAUCAACGACAAAGGCACUUUUCAGGAUGUUCUGAAUGCCAUGCGAACGAUGCAGUUCACGGAGGAGAACAUCGGGGAGAUCCUGCGCCUCCUGGCGGGGAUCCUUCAUGCGGGGAACAUCGAGUUCAUGACGGCCGGCGGAGCACAGGUCUCCUCCAAAUCAGCUCUCAGCCGCACAUCCGACCUCCUGGGGCUGAACUCAGACCAGCUGGCCGAGGUUCUGACCCACAGGUCCAUGAUCCUCAGGGGGGAGGAGAUCUCCACGCCGCUCACCGUCGAACAGGCGGUGGACUCCAGAGACUCCAUGGCCAUGGCCCUUUACUCCCAGUGUUUCAACUGGAUCAUCCGGAAACUCAACAGCCGCAUCAGGGGCAACGAAGACUUCAAGUCCAUCAGCAUCCUGGACAUCUUCGGGUUCGAGAACUUCGAGGUCAACCGCUUUGAGCAGUUCAACAUCAACUAUGCAAAUGAGAAGCUUCAGGAAUAUUUUAACAAGCACAUUUUCUCCCUGGAGCAACUUGAGUACAACAAGGAGGGCCUGGCGUGGGUGGACAUCAACUGGAUGGACAACGGAGAGUGUCUGGACCUGAUCGAGAAGAAACUGGGUCUCCUGGCACUGAUGAAUGAGGAGAGUCACUUCCCCAAAGCCACAGACGACACCUUACUGGAGAAGCUCCACAGCCAGCACUCGAAAAACUCGUUCUAUGUGAAGCCCCGUGUUGCUGUGCACUUCUUUGGAGUCAGGCACUAUGCAGGAGAGGUGGUGUACGACGUGAGGGGGAUGCUGGAGAAGAACAGAGACACUUUCAGGGACGACAUCCUCAACCUGCUGAGGGAGAGCAGGUUGGACUUUGUCUACGAUCUGUUUGAACACGUAUUGAGCCGAAACAAACAGGACACUCUGAAGAGCAGCUGCAAGCGCCGACGGCCCACGGUCAGCUCCCAGUUUAAGAAUUCUUUGCACUCCCUGAUGGCCACACUCUGCACCUCCAACCCAUUCUUCAUACGAUGCAUCAAACCAAAUACACGCAAGAUGCCUGACCACUUCGACCAGACCGUGGUUCUGAACCAGCUCAGAUAUUCGGGCAUGUUGGAGACGGUGAAGAUUCGACGCACAGGCUUCCCCAUCCGGAGACCUUUCCAAGACUUCUGCUGCCGGUACAAGGUGCUAAUGCGGGAGGUGUUGAUGUCGGAUGACCCCAGGGGGCGCUGCAUCCAGCUGCUGACCCACUACGACAGCAGCAGCGUGGAGUGGCAGAUGGGCAAGACCAAGGUCUUUCUUCGGGAGUCUCUGGAGCAUCGCCUGGAGAAGCAGAGGGAGGUGGAGGUGCUGAAAGCUGCCAUGAUCAUCCAGGCUCAUGUCAUGGGCUACAUGGCCAGGAAGCAGUACAGGAAGCUGCUGCAGUGCAUCGUGGUCAUUCAGAAGAACUACCGGGCUUUCUACUGGAGGAGGAGGUUCCUGCUCCUCCGCCGGGCUGCGCUCACCUUCCAGAAAUGCCUGAGAGGCCAGCUGGCCCGCCGGGCCUACAGCCAGCUGCUGGAGGAGAGGAGGAGGAGGGAGGAGGAGGAAGAGGAGCGCCGCAGGAGGGUGGAGGAGGAGAUGGAGAGGGAGAGACUGAGGCUGGAGGCUGAGACACUUGCCAGAGAGGCUGAGGAGACCAGAAGGCUGGAGGAGACCAGAAGGCUGGAGGAGACCAGUAGGCUGGAGGAGACCAGAAGGCUGGAGGAGACCAGAAGGCUGGAGGAGACCAGAAGGCUGGAGGAGACCAGUAGGCUGGAGGAGCUGCAUCUUGCUGAGGAGUUGGCCUCCCUGAUUUCGGCUCAGUCUCCGCCUGCCAUGGCGGCGGCAACAUCACCAGACGCUCUAGAGGAGCUGGAGUCAGCCGAGACCUGUGAGGGGGCAAUUCGUCCCCAUGAAGCAACUCAGGUGGAGGAGAUCCUACGACUGGAGCGGGAGAUCCAGGUGCUGCAGAGGCAGAAGGAGCGCCAGGAGCUCUCCCUGACGGAGGCCUCCCUGAACCGCCUGCAGCUGCUCCGCGACCAGGAGCUCAGGCGGCUGGAGGACGAAGCCUGCAAGGCAGCGCAGCAGUUCUUAGACUCGCUGAACUUUGAUGAGAUCGACGAGUGUGUGAGGAACAUUGAGAGCUCCUUGGGAGUCAGCGAGGGGGACGAGAAGGAGAGGGACAGUGGACGGAGGAGAGGCGGUGACGAAGAGGAGGUCGACGAAGGAUUUGAGGCUGAUGACGAGGCCUUUAAAGACUCUCCAAACCCGAGUGAGCACGGCCACUCAGACGGCCAACGGACCAGUGGGAUCCGAACGAGUGAUGACUCCUCUGAAGAAGACCCGUAUGCCAAUGACGGCGUUAUCCCACCACUGCCUCCAACCACUCUUCUUCACCAGCCGCUGCCUUUACCGCCUGUGCCGCCAGCCUGCCACAGUGCCUCGUCCAGCGGGGACUCGGCCUACGGCCAUCCCCAGGCUUCAUCCGAGGCUCAGUCUGAUGACCUGGUGGAGCUCAUACCGCCAGACGAGGAUUCAGACUACGACCAGGAUGACUACGAUGAGGGCGCCAUCGUGUCAAGUGGCAGCGUGGCGUUCUCCAACCCUCGCAGCGGGCAGUGGUCUCCUGACUACCGCGGCUCUGUUGGCACCUACAACAGCUCAGGGGCUUACCGCUUCAGCUCGGAGGGAGCUCAGUCAUCAUUUGAGGACAGCGAGGACGACUUCGACAGGUUCGACACAGACGACGAGCUGUCGUACCGGCGGGACUCCGUCUACAGCUGCGUCACGCUCCCAUACUUCCACAGCUUCCUCUUCAUCAAAGGCGGUCUGAUGAACACGUGGAAGCGGCGCUGGUGCGUUCUGAAGGACGAGACCUUCCUGUGGUUUCGGGCCAAGCAGGAGGCUCUGAAGCAGGGCUGGCUGCACAAGAAGGGAGGAGGCUCGUCGACGCUGUCCCGCCGAAACUGGAAACGCCGCUGGUUCGUGCUGCGGCAGAGCAAGCUCAUGUACUUCGAGAACGACAACGAGGACAAGAUGAAGGGCGUGAUGGACAUGCACAAUGCCAAAGAAAUCAUUGACAACACCGGUAAGGAGAAUGGAAUCGACAUCGUGAUGCCGGACAGGACCUACCACCUGAUCGCAGAGUCUGCCGAGGACGCCAGCCAGUGGUUCAGCGUGCUGAGUCAGGUCCACGGCGCCACAGAGCAGGAGAUCAGAGAGAUGCACGACGAGCAGGCCAACCCCCAGAAUGCUGUGGGGACGUUGGAUGUGGGGAUGAUCGAUUCGGUUUGUGCGUCAGAUAAUCCAGAGAGGUCAAACUCCUUUGUCAUGAUCACAGCCAACCGCGUGCUGCACUGCAACGCCGACACGCCCGAGGAGAUGCACCACUGGAUCACGCUGCUGCAGCGCUCCAAGGGAGACACCCGAGUGGACGGCCAGGAGUUCAUCAUCCGAGGCUGGUUGCACAAAGAGAUGAAGAACAGUACCAAAGCGUCGCUGAAACUGAAGAAGCGCUGGUUCCUGCUUACCCACAAUUCCCUGGACUACUAUAAGAGCUCUGAGCGCAACUCCCUGAAGCUGGGAACGCUGGUGCUGAACAGCCUCUGCUCCGUGGUUCAGCCGGACGAGAAGGUCUUCAAAGACAGCGGCUACUGGAGCGUGAUCGUGUACGGCCGCAAACACUCGUACCGUCUCUACUGCAAGCUGCUGAACGAGGCCACGCGCUGGGCCAACUCCAUCCAGAACGUCAUCGACACCAAAGCUCCCAUCGACACGCCGACGCAGCAGCUCAUCCAGGACAUCAAGGAGAACUGUCUGAACUCGGAGGUGGUGGAGCAGAUCUACAAGAGGAACCCCAUCCUUCGCUACAGCCACCACCCGCUGCACUCGCCUCUGCUGCCGCUGCCCUAUGGAGACAUCCACGUCACCGCUCAACGACACAGAAGCUACACGACGCUCCAGGACGAAGCCCUCAAGGUGUUCAGCUCUCUGCAGCACUUGGAGGGCGUGGCCGACCCCGUGCCCAUCAUCCAGGGCAUUCUGCAGACAGGCCAGGAGCUCAAACAGCUGCGGGACGAGCUCUACUGUCAGCUGGUCAAGCAGACGACACGAGCGCCGCAGCCGGGAAGCACCGGGAACCUCUGCACCUGGAAGAUCCUGGCCUGCAUGUCCUGCACCUUCGUCCCGACCAGGAGCGUCCUCAGAUACCUCAAGUUCCACCUGAAGAGGACUCGAGAGCUCCUCCCCGGCUCGGAGAUGGAUCGUUACGCCGCCUUCGCCCUGGACUGCUUGAGAAAGACUCGAGCCAGGGAGAACGUGCCGUCGCAGGAGGAGAUCCGCUCCAUUGUGGCACGGCAGGACAUGAGCACCACCGUUCACUGCCACGGAGGAGGCUCCUGCAAGAUCACCAUCAACUCACACACGACGGCCGGAGAGGUGGUGGAGAAGCUGAUCCGCGGCCUGGCCAUGGAGGACAGCAGGAACAUGUUUGCUCUGUUCGAACACAACGACACCGUAGAGAAAGCCAUCGAGAGCCGCACAGUGGUGGCCGACGUCCUCGCCAAGUUUGAAAAGCGAUCAGCGAUUCCAGACGAACACAACACCGGCUGGAAGUUUUACUUCAAGCUCUACUGCUUCUUGGACUCAGACAAUGUUCCCAGAGACAGCGUGGAGUUCGCCUUCAUGUUUGAACAGGCACAUGAAGCCGUCAUCCGUGGUCGGUAUCCGGCCCCUGAGGAGACUCUGCAGUUCCUGGCUGCCCUGAGACUUCAGUACCUCCUGGGCGAUCACAGCUCCCAGGCCAACGUCCCGGAAAUGUCCCAGGUGUUCCCCAUGGCGCGAUUACGGGCCCGGGUGCAGAACUCUGCCAAGACAUUCGCCCCAGGCACCGGCUCCGUGGCCGACCGCUCGGGCACGACGGAGAGGAAACGCUCGAGCUUCCUGGAAGGAACACUGAGGCGGAGCUUCAGGAGCGGCUCGAUGAGUCGGCAAAAGCUGGAGGAGGAGAACAGCCUGGAGGCCUGGAUGAGGGAGGAGGCGGCGGCGGUGAGAACCAGCGUGAUGGACAAGUGGAAGAAACUGCAGGGGAUGAACCAGGAGCAGGCCAUGGUGAAAUACAUGUCGCUGGUGAAGGAGUGGCAGGGAUACGGAUCCACGCUGUUCAACGUUGACUGUCGGGACGGAUCGUUCCCCUGCGACCUGUGGUUGGGCGUGAGCCGGGAGGCCAUAUCGGUGUACAAGCGAGGGGAGCCGUGGCCUCUGGAGGUUUUCCCAUAUGAACAGAUUCUCUCCUUCGGCGCCCCGCUGGCCAAUUCAUACAAGAUCGCCGUGGAGGGCCGAGAGCUGGUCUUCGAAACCCAAAUGGUCAUGGAUAUUGCCAAGCUGAUGAAGGCCUACAUCAGCAUGAUCGUCAAGAAGCGCUACAGCAACUGUCAGUCCGUCAGCAGCCACGGCAGCCACGGCAGCCAGUGUAGCGCCUGGUGAAGGCCGCCCUUUAAAUCUUGACCUUAUGGCUGUGUGCCGGAGCGCCGCAGAAGGGCCGAGUGUGGCUGCCGCUGGCCGCCGCUGGCCAUGUGUGGACGCCCGUCCUCAGCGCUGGGGAAAGAGCAGCUUGUACAUUUGACUCUGUGAAUGCUGGAGACAAACCCCGAUGCUCUUAAUGUUAACUCGCUCAAAUGAUUGUUUUGACUGGUCACACUCCAAAACACCACUUCGGCACACACGACAGAUCAGAACUGUAACAGAAGGACGGUUCGAAAUCAUUUCAAAAUGGAAGGAACAAACGACCAAAGCCUUUUCGGAGAAUUUCCCCGAUUUGCCAACAAGCAAACUGACCUGCAAGAAACAACUGGAAAACAGAGAUUAUCAAGUGCAGUCAACAUGCAGAAGUUAAACUGGAAUCAAAACCAGCAGCUAUUCGAAUCAUGUGUAAACCUACAGCGCAAAAAGGUUUUUGCACAAGAAAGUUUGUUUUCUUUCCUCUUUUUAUUCAAGUCUUUCAGUUUGAGAGCAGGACUCAUCGGUUUUCAACGUUGAGAUUUUCUAAAGCUUGCACUGCACACCCUGCGCUUGCACUCAAAUAGCUCUGCUUGUGCUCAAACUGUGUAUUUGCACUCAGAUACUUUGUUGCUUGGACAGAUUUCCUGCGCUCCAGCUUCAGCUCUUCAUGAAACAUCUGGUCUUGGAUUUCAUGCGCAGCCGCCCCUCCACAGCUUUAUUAUUACACAGUCCUCCCAUCGCAAGAAAAGCUAACGCACCCACAACGAGGGCGGGGCAGUUUCAUUCGUCAUCGCCCCCCCUGGCUUUCUGUUGGUUCUUCUAUUUGACAGACUUGUUGCACAAAUAAAUCCGAGAGCAGAGGAGAAAUCAGAGUAGAUAUUUAAGGAGCACACAGAGGCAGCGUGAACGUGAAGCUGGAGCGCAGGCAAUCUGAGUGCAAGCGCACAGUUUGAGCACAAGCGGGGGCUUUGUGUGAGUGCAGGCUUGUGAGUAAAAGUUUUACAAAAUCUCAACGUGAAAUCGAUAAGUCCUGCUCUCACACUUAAAGACCACACUCUUGAAUAGAGGUGAAAAUAUCUGUUGGUCUAAGAUAAGUUAACUCCUCCUGGCACUCAAAUAUAAAUAUACAAGAAAUUCCACUUCUCCAACACCAAAGAAAAUCUGAUUUCAUUUAACAGGACGUUGUUUGCUCAUCAGUUCUCAUGUUGUCAGCUCAACAUUUUAAUAUGUGGUCGUGUCUCGUUUUGCAAAAAGGUCCUUUCUUCCUGAUGCUAACAUGACUGUGUUGGGGGUUGUUAACGGGGGUUUUGUGUGUGUGUAUGUGUGUAUGUGUGAGAGAGUGAGAGGUGUGUCGACAGGCUGUCCGAAUGUGAAAAAACUAAAGCAGAGAGCCUUCACACCGUUUCCUCUGCUUUGACAAACUCUGGGACUGGACGUCUAUAUAUUUUUCUCACUGUCUCCAGAAUCUGUUCACUGUAAAUAAUUUGCAGCUCUUGUCUCAAAACAUUUCCACUUUGAGGUCGGCUGUUGUGAUGGAUUUAAGUUGAGAUACGAAGGUCACACAAGUGCCUGUUCAAAAUAAAGCAGGAUGAACGCCAAUCAGAUUUUGUCAUAUCGGCCAGAGUCUGGUGGAGGUGCUGCCACAUUUCCUGCAACUACCAAUGUCCCUGUUCACUGCAAAAUCUGUCCAUCCAAGCAAAUCAUUCAAGGUAGAUUUUAAAAUCCUCUUUAUUCUUUCAAGAAACUUUAACAGAAUCAAGAGGCAGAGUGAGGCAGACUGCAGCAUCAGCCAAAACACAAAAAACGCCAACACCUACAGUUCAUCGGAUCGGUCGCUACAACCGUUUCGUAUCCGCAUGGUUACGACCGAGUGUCAAGGUUCAGUUUGUCUUCAUUGUCCCACUUGGGGAGAAUUGAUUUGCAAGCCAGGGUUCACAUCCAACAAAUACAAAGAGGUUGGACAGAGAAAUCGAGUGCCGGUGCGCUUAAGUGCAAACGUGCAAAGCACAAGAAAUGGACAAUUCAAAAGUGUGUCAAUGUCCAGAUGUACAAAUUGUACAAGGUGGUGCCCGUUCUGUGAAUUUGUGACGUCAAACAAGGCGUCAAAAAACCCACAGAAAUGCAAAGUCCUCCACUGGUAAUGGGAAAGGAGACCCUCACCUGCAUUAAAAAAACACAUACAUACCUGGUAAUUCUGUUGGUGAAUAUCCACCAAGUCACCAAACUUCCUCAAAACGUGAAUUAAAUUUAGUCCAAUUUAAAAUUACCAAUGUGUCGAAUAGAUAUCUGAUCUUUGUCAGCCUCUGCUGGCAGCAAGUAGGAACUGCGACAACACAAAGAUCCCCUUUAAACUACAGAUGCCUGAGACGUGAGAGUUUAGAUUCACCAAAUUCAGAGGAUUUCAUUACAGGGGGGUUUUUUUCCCGCUCAUGUCAGAAUAACAUGGUUGUAAAUACUACAAAAAAAUCCUGAUUGCUGACGUCAAACCUUCGACUAAUCGCCAGGAAAAGUCUCCCAAACGUGCUUGAAUCCUCCUUUUCGGUGCGUUCCCCUGGAUUUCAGUUAUUGUGCCUUUUAAAGCUCGUCAGUCUGCAAACGUUUGGACAUGAGACCCUGAACGACUUGUUCCGGUGGACAGUUUGCAGUGGGACAUUCCUUCAACAUUUCACUGGAGCUCCGCGGGCGGCAGAUCCAUCCAAAGACGCGUGUGCAGGUUAAUUCCACGGUGCCUUGUUGUAUAUUGUGAACACUUACUUUAUGUUCUAUGUGUGGUUUCCACUUUUUUUGGUAUAAUGUGCAAUGUUAUAUAUAUUAUAUAAUCAUGUGGCUGUACAUUUUAUACUUCUGUUGUUUUUCCUUGAAUGAUGACCACGUUUUCUCUUGUUUCUUUACACAUCCAACACACAGUGGAUCUUAUACCGGUAUCUUUUAUAAAAAUAAAAAUAAAUCUGUAUGAGUUGUUUUAUGUAUUAAAAGGAUGAUUCUAACAAUAAAUGGUUGCAUAUUUGAUUUAAAGGUG